AGGACCUAAGGACGUGUCUUGUCUUCCUUUCCCAAGUGUGUGGCUAAACUAAAAUAAUGGCAGACGAUUUAUUGAACACAAAUGGCAGCGCAGAAGUCGAUCCUGCUGCCGAGUUUCUUGCUCGAGAGCAGGACGAACUCGCCGAGUUAGGGGAAGAUUUUCAAACAGAUGAAAACGGCGGUGCACCCACAGAUGAUAAUGCUGGUGAUUUGAUUGGUGGUAAUGAAGAUGUUGGUGGUCCAGCUAUAAAUGGUUUUUCAGAGGAUGAUGACAAUGAUAUACCAUUAAAUUCAAUGUCUGGAGGUAGUCUGGUCCCAGAAAUUGAACCAGAAUGUAUCAGGAAAUGGAGGGAAGAAAAGUCUGCACUGUUAGAUGAGAUGGAUGAGAAAGAAAGGCAAGACCAGGAAGACUGGAUUGCUCAAGGCAAGAAAGAGCUAGAAGAAUGGUAUGCAAGAUUAAAUGAACAACUUGGAAAGACUAAAGAAAAUAACAGGGCGGACGAAGAACAAUUCAUUGCCGAGCGAGAUGAAACAAAGCCUGGUACUGAAUGGGAGAAAGUCUGUCGUUUGUGUGAUUUUAAUCCGAAAGGUGCUAAACCUACAAAAGAUACAUCAAGAAUGCGUUCAAUAUUUUUACAAUUGAAACAAACUCCGUUAAUCCGAUGAUGUACAAACAUUCUUUAGUUUACUUCAUAUUCCUUCAAUGAGUCUCGCUGUCUUUGUAAUUAAUGACACAUGAAAAUGAACUAACUAUAUAAUUCUGAUCUCAAUAUAAAAAUUCUAGUCGUUUAGCACAUAGCGAAUGAACUAUAGCUAGCUAUACUUUGUCUUUGAAUUAAAUAGUUACACUUUUUGCUGCAAAGUUUACAAUGUGUAGUUUUUACAUAGUUUCUGUAUUAGUU